AUGCACUCGCACGCCUCUGCUGGAGGACCCGGUGCCGCGCAGGAGGAGGACCAUUUUGUCCUGUGUGCGAGGUCAGAAGAUCUGAACUCUUUGGACGCUGCUGGACAGCAAGCCCACGCCUCAAUGAGCCCGUCCGACGGACAUCGGGGACAGAUCACUCGCAGUAAGUCGCGGUCCGUUGGCCACGCACCCUCUCUUGAUGCGGAAAAGUGGACGCGGCAGCUCUGGGAGAAGAAGCAUUCGUCGGCUUCGGAGGGGCCUUCUUCCGGACGAAAGCCAUCGUCGACGCCAAAUAUUAAGGAGAUGGACGCCGCAUUUCUGCUUGCUGUCGAAGCUCCUGUUCACGACUCGAUCGGAUCCGACAGCAAUGGCAGGGGAGCACUGAGCUCAGCAGAAGAACUGCCCGCGUUGUCCGGUGCCAUCCCGCCCUCACGCCGGCAAGUGAUGCCCGAGCCGCCGACUUCUCUUCCCGGCAAGCUAAACGAGGCUGAUGAAGAGGAUCAAGAUUCAGACGAGCAUGUGCCACCAAGAAGAGAUGGCACCGGCACAACAAGUGCAAGAUUGGGCCUAAAUUUGCCCGUGAGCCCGUCCAUGCAUCAGCUUAGCAAACAGUCCCAUACCCACAUCCUCGAUAACUUCAUCUUGGAGCUGGGCGCGAAGCCAGAGUCAUUGGAGGACGUCGGCUGCAGGAUCGCCUCCGCCUUUCCCAGGUCGCUGUACUUUGUGAUGAUUUUGCUGCCGCUCCUGGCCCAUGUCGGAACUGAUUUUGCUGUUUCGCACUUCUCGCCGGGUGUGGACACCCUCCAUGAACGGACCAUCGGCUACAGCUUUUUCGCGGGAGCCGUUGUCGUUUAUUGCUGUGGCGCCACCUUGGGAAUGCACUUGCUGAGAACAGCCUUGCGCUCGGGGGAGCUGAGCAUGGCCAUCGAAAAGUUGCACGGGUUUAUCCAAAACUCUGAAGAGUGGUCGGAGGUCUCUCGCCGACUGCGUCGACAACAUUUCCUGGGCUGGCUGAUUUCUGUCAUUUCUUUCGUCGCAACAUUGGAGGAGUGGAAGCUAAGAAGCGGUGUUAUCCAGCCGCCACCAAUCUCCGAAACUUCCGCCGCAUUCCGGCUGCUUGGGCAGCUGAUCUUCACCAUGAGUUUUAUCCUGGCUUCUGCCGUGAUCUUUCUUGCUGCUCGGCAUGGGGGGUUGGGCUUGCACCUCGAGCCCUAG